UUUAGUUGGACUUUGGAAUACUUUUUUUUUAUUCAUAUACUUAGAAGUUUUUCUUUGAACCGGUACACCGGUUCUAACUACUGUGCAUCUUUAUUAAAUAUAAUCUUUUAAGUAAUUGGUAGUAACAAAAUAAAUCAAAAUGAUCCAGUUCGGAGUAAUUGCAAGAAACUUUUCUAGUUCUUCAGCAGUACAAAGUGCAAUUAAAAAUGUUACAGUUAUUGGAGGUGGUUUGAUGGGAUCUGGAAUUGCUCAGGUCUCUGCUCAAGCUGGUCAAAAUGUGAUUCUAGUAGAUGUCAGUUCAGAUGUUUUAGCAAAGUCACAAAAAUCAAUUGGCAACAACUUGGGCAGAGUGGCCAAGAAGAUUUACAAGGAUAACCCUAAAGAAGGAGAAAAGUUUGUGUCUGAGUCCAUGGCUAGAAUCAAAACAGCAACAGAUGCUGUGAGUGCAAGUCAAGGCGCUGAUCUUGUGGUUGAAGCUAUUGUUGAAAACAUGGACAUCAAACAUCAGCUCUUCAAAAAACUGGAUGCGGCUGCUCCAAACCACACCAUAUUCGCAUCUAACACCUCCUCUCUCUCUAUCAAUGAAAUUGCAGCAGCUGUAAAGAGGAAAGACAAGUUUGGAGGUCUUCACUUUUUCAAUCCAGUUCCUGUGAUGCGGCUUUUAGAAGUGGUCAAAGGUGCAGAGACAUCUACAGCCACAUACGAAACAAUGAUGGCAUGGGGCAAGAGUGUUGGCAAGACCUGCAUCACCUGCAAAGAUACACCCGGCUUUGUUGUUAACAGAUUGCUGGUACCAUACAUUGCUGAGGCAAUUCGUCUGUUCGAACGAGGUGAUGCAUCAGCUCGUGACAUCGACAUUGCGAUGAAGUUAGGAGCAGGCUAUCCCAUGGGACCACUAGAAUUGGCUGACUAUGUUGGUUUGGAUACAAACAAGUUCAUCUUAGACGGAUGGCACAAAAAGUACCCACAAGAAACCUUAUUUAACCCGAUUCCUUUACUCAACAAGCUGGUAUCUGAAGGAAAACUCGGUGUUAAGACUGGAGAAGGUUUUUACAAGUAUGAAAAGAAAUAAAUAAAUGAGUUUGUUACAAGUUGAAAUUUUAUAAAUAUUUUUCUAGUAUUGUUGUAAGAGUAAUCGAUUGGUAUAUUAUAUUUAUUGAACUUCAUAUUAUAACUUUAUUAAAAACUUUAUAUUUUUUAA